CCAAACAAACGGCCUUGGCUUUUCUUUCAUCUCUUCUAUCAACUUAUUUUCAUUCUCUUUCUCUCCUCGUGAUAACAACUACUCUCUCUCUCUCUCUCUCUCUCUCUAUUAACUAAUUAAUGCAAUGGCAAUAAACUGCAUAACAAGCAUGCCUCAACCACCAACAAACCAUGAAACCAAAGAACAAGAAAAACCACUAGUUUUUGAUGCAUCAAUUUUCAAAAACCAAGUCAAUCUACCAACACAAUUCAUUUGGCCUGAUGAAGAACAAGCUUGUUUAAAUAUUCCUGAACUCGAUGUACCAUUUAUCGACUUGGGAGGUUUUCUCUCAGGUGAUCCACUUGCAGCAAUGGAAGCAUCAAAGGUUGUUGGUGAAGCAUGUCAAAAACAUGGUUUUUUUCUUGUUGUCAAUCAUGGUAUUGAUCAAAAGUUAAUCUCUGAUGCUCAUGUUUUCAUGGAUGACUUUUUUGAGCUUCCCCUGUUUCAAAAACAGAGAGCUCAGAGAAAAACAGGGGAACACUGUGGUUAUGCUAGUAGUUUCACUGGCAGAUUCUCUUCUAAACUUCCUUGGAAAGAGACACUUUCUUUUCAAUUCUCAGCUGAUGAAAAAUCACCAAAUCUUGUCAGAGACUAUCUGUGCAAUACAAUGGGCAAUGAGUAUCAGCAAUUUGGGGAGGUUUAUCAGGACUAUUGCAAAGCCAUGAGCAAUCUUUCUUUAGGUGUAAUGGAGCUUCUAGGAAUGAGCCUUGGAGUUGGUAAAGCAUAUUUUAGGGAAUUCUUUGAAGAGAACAGUUCAAUAAUGAGGCUCAAUUACUAUCCUACUUGUCAAAAACCUGAGCUUACUUUAGGUACUGGACCUCAUUGUGAUCCAACAUCAUUAACAAUUCUUCACCAGGAUCAAGUAGGUGGCUUGCAAGUUUAUGUUGAUGAUCAAUGGCAUUCCAUUACUCCACAUUUCAAUGCUUUUGUUGUCAAUAUUGGUGAUACCUUCAUGGCACUUUCAAAUGGGAGAUACAAGAGCUGCUUGCAUAGGGCAGUGGUAAACAGCGAAAAGACAAGAAAAUCUCUUGCUUUCUUUUUAUGUCCAUUAAGUGAUAAAGUGGUAACUCCACCAUGUGAAUUGGUGGACAAUUAUAACCCAAGGAUCUACCCUGAUUUCACAUGGUCUAUGUUGCUUGAAUUCACUCAAAAGCACUAUAGAGCUGAUAUCAAAACACUUGAAGCAUUUGCCAACUGGAUUCAACAUAAAACCACAUGAAGAGCAUGAUAUUGGUCUAAACAAAAAUUGACACUAAUAUCAUGUGGAAGGAAGGUUAUUUUAGGGAAUGAAAUUAAGAUGAAGGAAAAGACAAGAGGGGGUUAGUUUCUUCAUGUUUUGUGUAUGGUAAACAUUAGUGAAAUUGAGUGAUGAAUGAACACAAAAGGGAAGUUAAAAUAGUUCAAAAGAAUUUAUUAAUAAGAAAAAUUUGUAAGGUCAUUCAUGUAAUUUACAUUUGAUGAUUUAUAGAAGGGAUCGAAGCAACUUUUUUCAA